CUCUCUAGUUUCACACCGGUCUUCUUCUUCUCCACUUUGUGAGUUUUAGUCAUGGCUCUUCCCCAACACCACUUUCAACACCACUAUCAAACCCAACAACAGCAGCAGCAAUCCAAGUCGUUCAGAAAUUUAUACACAAUCGACGGUCAGAUGUCGCCGGCCGUCGCCUAUUUCGACCCCAACGCUCUACAAGAUCACUCCCAGCACCCGCCUUAUGUUCCACCCUUUCAUGUAGUAGGGUUUGCGCCCGGCCCGGUGGCCACGGCAGACAAUAGUGACAAUGCCAGUGAUUUUCAAUGGAACUAUGGCUUAGAAUCGAAGAGGAAAAAGCUCAAGGAGCAGGAUUUCUUGGAGAACAACUCGCAGAUGUCGUCCGUUCUGCAACAGCAAUCAGUCUCAACGGGCUUGGGUUUGUCCCUAGACAAUAAUCGCAUGGCCUCUACAGGGGACUCGGCUUUGCUGUCUCUCAUUGGUGAGGAUGUUGAUCUUGAGAUACAGAGGCAAGAUUCUGAGAUUGAUAGGUUCCUCAAGGCCCAGAGUGAUCGCUUGCGACAAAAUAUACUGGACAAGGUCCAAGCUGCCCAACUUCAAACUCUCUCAGUCGUAGAAGAAAAGGUAAUUCAAAAGCUUAGGGAAAAAGAAGCGGAAGUGGAGAGCAUCAACAAGAAGAAUAUGGAGCUUGAAGAACGAAUGGAUCAGUUGAGUCAUGAAGCAAGGAUUUGGCAACAUCAAGCCAGGAACAAUGAGCACAUGAUCACAGCCCUCAAGGUUAAUCUUGAUCAAGUAAUUACUCAAAGUAGAGACAGCAAAGAAGGAUGUGGUGACAGUGAAAUAGAUGAUACAGCUUCCUGCUGCAAUGGUCGUUCCAUCAAUUUUAAUAUGUUUGGCAAGGAGAGCAAUGAUGCUAAAGAGGUCAUGACGUGCAAGGCCUGCAGAAUGAAUGAAGUUUGCAUGCUUCUAUUACCUUGUAAGCAUCUUUGCUUGUGUAAAGAUUGCGAGAGUAAGCUUAGCGUUUGUCCCGUGUGCCAAUCUUCUAAGUUUAUUGGCAUGGAAGUAUACUAUUAAGUGACUGCUUCAUGUGAAGCUGUAAACUUAUGUAGUCAUAUGCAUUGUUGUUGUCAUCUGUUCAUUAACUGCUUGAAUACCCUAUUUGGCCAUCCCAUUCCAUUAGGGUCCAUCAAGUAAUCAAAGAAUUACUGGCUUUAGCCUAAAGUGAAUAUUAGCAUUUAUG